GUGAAAAUAUCAGAAAUUGUACAACUGUCUACUAGGUGUCAGGAUUUUCAAGCAAGUUCAAGUUCGAUAAAAAUUUAGCAGAAUACUAACUUAUCAUCAGAUGUAAAUCAGAUAUCUUAAAUAUCGAUGUCUCUCGUAAAUAUAUUUUAUUGAAACGUUGUUGGGUAAUAUUCUAUCCCAAAUCUUUUUGAUUUCACAUCUGAAAUUUUGUGAAAAAUGUUUAAAUUUGGAUUUGCAAAAUCUGCAACUGACGCUAAUGAAGAGGAUAAUGAUAAGAAGGAUGAAUUAGAAUGGAUUCCUGCCUCCAAACUCGAAAUAACAUCCGAACAAAUCGGAGCGAAAUAUGAGACAGAUUAUUAUACAGAGACAAAAAUGUUUCCUGAUUAUAAUCUAAAAUUAAUUCGCUGCGAUAAAGUAGUAAAGGAUUUGACAAAGUAUAACUGUCAGAAUAUUAUUGAAGCCGAGACACAACAUUCCGAUCUUAUUCCAGCAAAGUACGAAGGCGGAUUAAAAAUCUGGGAAUGCACAUUCGAUUUGGGCCAGUACAUAUUGGAAGAGCAAAUCGAACUGAAAGAUAAACUCGUUAUGGAUUUAGGAUGCGGCGCCGGCUUGAUCGGCCUCAUCGCUCUUCUCAAAAGUUCCACGGUCCAUUUCCAAGAUUAUAACGCAGAAGUGCUAAGAUCCGUGACUAUCCCGAACAUACUAUUGAAUUUUAACGAUCGUGCGAAUAUACUUACAAAAUGCGAAUUUUAUGCCGGAGAUUGGGCUUCCCUCACAACGUUAUUCGACGACGACGAAAAUAGGAAAUAUGACUAUAUCUUUACGAGCGAAACGAUUUAUAAUCCGGAUAAUCAUAAAAAGUUAUAUGAGAUUUUUAAGAGGAGAUUGAAAAUUAAUGGCUUUGGAUUCAUUGCCGGAAAAACCUAUUAUUUCGGUGUGGGUGGUGGAAUGAGGCAGUUCGAGAAUCUUGUAUCGAAAGACGGUUGUUUCGAUGUGAAAUCGGUGUGGAGAAGUCAAGAUGGAGUAAACAGAGAAAUCCUGAAACUCACGAGAAAACCGCAUUAAGAAUAUUACAUACUUGCGAAGAUUGGUUGACUGAUUUUUAUACAUGUGAAAACUGUUCAUCCUCGCGUCUUUCCUCAAUUAGAAUACAGCGAUUUUUUCUAUGGUGAAAGUCUUUCGUAAACCCACCCGUUCUCUCCUUUUUUGACGAGUAUAUUGUCU